AUGCACGACAUGCUUUCAUAUAUCUGGACUACGGUAUUGUUGGUCGUCGCAUUGUCUACUUUGAGGGUGAGCAGCAUGAGACCCGGCGGCUUACUAUCAGAAGCUGUGCGACGAGAUCAAGUGACGCGAGUCAUGCUUCCUUCAGGUCCCUCGCAGGGUCUCGAGGAACGUGCUGCUCCCUUCCGGUUCUACAAAAACAAUACGAAGAAAUACUUGGUCGAGUCUUUGCCGGAGAUGGACUUUGACCUCGGGGAGUUAUACUCUGGUGUUGUACCGAUCGACAUGAACAACGCCUCUAGGGGUUUGUUCUUUGUCUUUCAGCCUCGUGUGGGAGAGCCCGUCGACGAAAUUACCAUUUGGCUGAACGGUGGUCCUGGUUGUAGCUCACUCGAGGGAUUUUUACAGGAGAACGGCAAGUUCCAAUGGGCCUGGGGUCAAUUCAGUCCAACUAUCAAUAAGGUCGAAUAUCCCGUCGGCGUUGGCUUCUCCAUUGGUGAGUCCCGUGCGAGGACCGAGGAAGGAAUCGCAGAGGAGUUCAACGACUUUUUUUUCAAUUUCCAAAAGAUUUUUGCUAUCUCCAAGUUCAAAAUCUAUGUCACGGGCGAGAGCUAUGCAGGACGAUACGUUCCCUACAUCGCGUCUGGUAUGCUCGACAGGAAUGAUUCCAACCACUUCAAUCUUUCCGGCGCAUUGACCUACAACCCUACGAUCGGAGAAUUCGGAUGGGUCCAGACGCAAGCUGUCAUAUACCCUCUCAUCGAAAAGUACAACAAUGUCUUGGGCUACAACAGUUCUUUCAUGGCCAAGCUGGCCUCGAUCGACCAGACGUGUGGUUAUGUGGAUUAUCGCGAUACCCACGUCGACAAGUUCCCGCCGUCCCAAGUCCAGCCCCCCAAGUACUUCAAUUCCACCGUCGACGCGGACUGCGACAUAUGGCACGCCGCGUACUUUGCCGCGUACGGUGCAAAUCCAUGUUUCAAUCCGUACCUGAUAACCCUCCAAUGUCCUCUGCAAGGCGACCCUCUGGGGUUUCCCAGUGAUCUGAUCUACAGUUAUCCCAACACGCCCGUAUAUUUUGACCGCGAGGACGUCAAAAAGGCCAUGCACGCCCCCGUCGAUCGUGAAUGGUCACUGUGCAAUGGCAACCCUUUCGUCGAAGGCCAAGGUGGACCACAGAACCUGGGUGACAUGUCUGCCGAUCCCAUCCAACGCGUCCUCCCGCGGGUGAUCGAGGCGACUCGGAGGGUUCUCGUGGCCAACAGCGACCUCGACUUCGAGACUCCCACGACGGGAACGCUCCUCGCGAUCCAGAACAUGACCUGGGGCGGCCUGUUGGGGUUUCAGAACAAGCCGGUCAAGCCCAUCACCAUAACGGAGCCCGACCUCCAGUACGAGGCCAUCUUUGCGUCUAGCGGGUUUGACGAUGUGGAUGAUCCGCAGGGUACGAUGGGCGUGCAACAUUUCGAGCGAGGGUUGAUGUGGGCAGAGUAA